AUGUCAGGAAAUCUGGCUAUGCUGGAGAACUUGAAAACCAACUAUAGCAAGGAGAUUCGACCAUAUGAAGGCGAGAAGACUUUGGAAGUAAAAUGUGCAUUGUCUAUAUCAACGUUUAGCACCGUAGAUGCAUCUAGUAUGGAUUAUGCUGUGACGUUUUAUUUGCGACAAGUCUGGCGUGAUCCUCGUUUGCAGUCCAACGCGGAGGGCGCUCUAAUUUUCCAGUCCGAGGCUGUUGAGCAAAUCUGGACCCCGUUGAUUAUAUUCCCGGGUGAAAAGGACGGGAAACUGCACGACCUCGCUGAUGAGAAUCAGUAUCUACAAAUAUGGCCGAAUGGUACAGUUGUUUUAACAAUGAGACUGACUUUGACACUCAUUUGUCACAUGAAAACUGACAAUUUCCCCAUGGAUAAACAGGAAUGCCCACUCUCUUUGCAAAGCUUGUCUUAUCCUGCAACGGAGCUGGAACUUAUAUGGGAUCGUGUGAUUAUGAGAAAAGAUAUUCAUGUACCCUCGUUUACAUUGGGUGUCCCUGUAACGGAGUCAUGUGAGAGUGAAGAGUUCAAUCUAGUUGAAAUGUCGUGUCUGAAUGUCGUUUUCCCACUAAAAAGAUACAUCACUCAAUUUCUGCUGCAAAUUUACCUGACAAGUACGCUGGUAGUUUUCUUGUCGUGGAUAUCAUUCUGGAUCAACUCUCGUUCUGAGCCGGCUCGAAUUACACUUGGUAUGACGUCGGUGUUGACAUUAAGUACCGAGAUCACUGGUGUCCAGGCAGCCAUGGCAGUUUCAUCUAACGCUUCCGCCAUUGACGUGUGGUUGGCUAUGUGUCUCAUAUUUGUAUUCGCUGUCUUGAUUGAAUUUGCUGUGCUGAAUCAUGGAAACACAAAGCUGGCACGUAUGUCACGUGUAAAUUGCCCACAGCAGCCAAAGGAAAACAAUAAACCUGUGAGUGGCGUUGUGGUAGAGAUGGAAAUAGAGGAGAGUCAAGAGAAAGACAAGCAGCAAACAUACGUGGGAUAUCGAGCAGGUCGGACACAGAGAUUUAAAAGAUUCUUCCGUGUUGAAGAGCCAGAUGAUCUUGAUCGAAUUUCACGCGUUAUGUUUCCCACACUAUUUGUCAUAUUUACUGCUAUUUACUGGGCAAGCUACCUAAUGGAAUCAUGA